CCGCGCAAAGCACGGCACCCCAUACUCCUUAUCAACUCCGUUGACGACGCCCAUAUCCAACCUGGUGUUGCCCCGUAUCAUCGCCCAUCACCAUGUCUGUCGAGGUCGCGCUCGGCACGCCGCUCGCGGAGGCCCUUAAUGUGGCCAUCCAGGGAAAGAUCGCAGAGCUUGGUUGGGCCGGCCCGGGCACCGAGGGCUCUGCUAUGUCAGAGUACUUUCUCCUCAUGCUCGCGAACGGGAAGACAGAGUCCGAGAUUGCCGCCGAAAUCGCUGGCGAUUUGCUCUCGCUCGGCCCCGACGACCAAACAGCUCCGGCGUUCGCAAGUUGGCUGUUUCAGCAGAUCGGUACCCUCAGCGCACAAUUAGGUUCCCAGCAGGCCCAGUCCUCUGAUGCCACGGACGGGGCAAAGGACGAGCCGAUGGAUGGGUCCCAGGAUGCCAACCAGGACACCAAUAUGGACACAUCCGACGCACCCGCAGCCGGGCUCAACGCACCUACCGGGCCUAAGGCCAUGCGUAACGGAAGCGGCAACAUCCGUGGCGGGCGGGAAAAGCGCCUCAUGAGCCAGAUCAACCGGGCAAUGGACCGCCAACAAGAUUCGGUUCUCCACCGUGUCCGGAAUCAGUCUGGCAACGAGAGAAUCGGGAGAGGACCGCCGUCUGGGCCGAGGAUGGGCGUAGGACGGCAGCCGCGGACAAACAACGCUCGCGCGGCCAACGUCGCCGCCGGAAUUGCGAACAUGGGCGGCAUGCCACCCCAGGGGCCUGCGGGGAUGAACGGAAUGGGCGGGAUGCACCCGAUGAACGCCGGCGGCUACACCCAAGCGGACAUCUUUGCCAUGAUGGAGCAGCAGAACCAGAUGCUCCAGCAGAUGCAGCAGCAGCUGAUGAUGCAGCAGCAGCAGCAGCAACAACAACAACAGCAGCAGAAUGGUAUGGGGAACCGCGGUGGCUUUGGCCGCGGCAAGCACCAGUUCGACCGGGGCGGGAGAGGUGGCCAGUUCCGGCGCGGUGGCGGACACCAUCAGCACAACGGGCACGGGGAGCACCAACAACCAGGGUCUGAAGGCGGCCAGGCGGACUCUGGUUCGCAGGGCGACGUGGAUAUGGCGGGAACCAAGCGCGAGGCGCCGAACCCCGAGGAGACGGUGUGCCGGUUCAACCUGCGGUGCCAGAACAAGGACUGCAAGUUUGCGCACCAGUCGCCGGCGGCACCGCCCAACACGCCCAUCGACCUCAAGGACGUCUGCAGCUUCGGGGCGGCCUGCAAGAACCGCAAGUGUGUCGGGCGCCACCCGUCACCGGCGGCCAAGGCGGCGCAUCAGAGCGAACAGGACUGCAAGUACUUCCCCAACUGCGCCAACCCGGUCUGUCCGUUCCGGCACCCUAGCAUGCCGGCCUGCCGCAACGGCGGCGAGUGCAAGGUGCCCGGCUGCAAGUUCACACACAUCAAGACCCCUUGCAAGUACCGGCCGUGCACCAACCGCAACUGCCCGUUUAUGCACGAGGAGGGUCAGCGGGGCACGUUCCAAGACAAGGUCUGGACGGCAGAAGACGGGCGCAAGGAGCACGUUAGCGAGCGCAAAUUUGCCAACGAGGGGCCGGAGGACCUUGUGCUUCCUGGGUCUGGAGAUCAAGCACCGGAUGCCGAAGCCACCGAGGUGGUCAUCUAGUUGGGGGCUGGUGGUGGGGGGCGGGUGCUCUGAUGCGUUGGGAA